UCUCUGCUGCGUGUGCAUUUAUUAUUUGAAACCCAUCACUUGCCAAGCUCAAGAUCACUAGCACUUGCACUGCACUGCACUGUGUCGAAGAGAUCAGCUUUCUGACGACUGACGUUACCUUGUAUGCUAUGGAUGAAGGAGACACUACGUCCAACAUAUCCAGCCUGGCAGGUGUCCCUCCCUACCUGAACAACCAGUACUCACCCCUCACGGAGGUGUUUCAGGCACAUACAACCACCCUCCCCUCAAAACACACUCCAGAGAGCAAUAGCGAUGCUGUGAUAAGGUCACUGAAGGCUCUCCAAGAGAAAAUAAGGAGCUUAGAAGUUGAGAGGGUGGCCGCUGGAGACAGGUUCAAAGUUCUCUCUCAAGGCACAAAUACAACUCCCUUGCCCACCACCAGAACUCCUACAAGUACCGUAGGCAUGGUAACGGACAGGGGGCCGAGUGUAGGGGCUUCCCCUCUCCUCACUAACACCACCCCUCACUCUGGGCUUAAGUUUCGUUUGGAUUCUUUGGACGAGAGAUUGUCACAGCAGGCUCAAGAAUUGGACGCUAUGCAGAUGAAGCUGAGAUUGUCAAACACCCACACACCCCCACACACACUUCACACACCAUCAUCACCAAGGCCAGCUCACAUGAUGAGUGACUGCCAAUGUUUAGCUUCUGAGCAGAAACUAAGGUCCCUAGAACAAGGAGUCCAUCGUUUGAAAGAGGCACAGAACAAAACAAAGGAAAGAGUGGAGGAACUGGAGACGUGUGUCAAGAGCAGUCCAAGGAGAGGGUGUGUGUCACAUGACUUGGUUGGUGGCGGCAAUCCACCUCAAGCAAAAAAGAGGACGAAACCCAAGCCAAAGAAAGGAAAAACUGUCACCUGUCAACGAGUUCAGAGUGCACCCACAUGCAGUGAUAAUGGACUGGCCGUGGAGUGUCUCCCUCGGCCCACCCCUGGGGUACACUACAGACUGAACAUGGGACACCUGCCCUUCAUUCUGGGAUCAAGCACAGCCCCCUCCCACUCGGUGUGUGCCAACUACCAGCAAGUGCUGUCACUGAUGAAGUCCCACAACCACCUGCUAUGUGGAGCAGCCUCCCUCAGAGGCAAGAGGGGGACAGGCCAAGGCCGAAGGAAGAGCAAAGGAAUCUCAGUGACAGAGCUGGAGGCUCUGUUGGAGGGGCUAGAGGAAGAGUAUGGAGCACUUACAUUUGAACACCAAGCGCUGACUCGGCAUCUGCAAGACGACACGAUAACCCAGAAGCCGAGAAUGAGAGCCAGUCUGGAACUGCAACUCACACAUUCGGAGGAGCAACUCCAGUCAAAGUCAGAGCAGAUAAGAAUUGUCUCUAAGCAACUGUCGGCUGGUGCGUGUGUCAAAAGUGAGGAGACCGUUGCUCUGCGAGAGGAGGCAACUUCUCAGACACAGCUGUGUUUCUUAAAGAAGAUGAAAGCAUUACAGAGCACUUUACAAAGAGACGAUUUAAACUGGAAAUAGAUUGUUUACCUUGUACUUGUAAUUAUUUUUAUUAUAAUGCUGAUGACCACAACAUUACAAGC